CGAUCAACGACUCGAUGCUGUGCUGCUCUGCAGUCACCCCCCUCGUCGUCUUGCUCAGCUAGCCCAGCCAUCCAUCCGUCUCGGUCAUCAGCGGCCCGUUGCCCGGGUUCCCCUCGAUAUCCAAUCUGACCCCUAGCUUGAUCGCUUGGCGAUCCAGGCGACGUGACCCCCCGCCCGCGUCUGGCCGGCUCCGUCACGCCCGCCGACAUACCGAUGGGCCAUUGCGGAUAUCCAAAGUCUGAACGCACCGUCUCGCGCGAUCACCUCGUCGCGCUCACGCAGCUCACGCAUGUGCGGGAUCACGCUCACCCUCGGCCCGCCGGCUGAUAUCCCCCUCGCGCGCAGCUUGCAUGCUGCAAACGCCGCCCGCGGGCCCGACACACAAGGCAUCUACGCUCGCCGCAUCGGCCCUGACCUCUUGCUGCUUGGCGCGAGCGUGCUGGGUCUCCGCGGCCAGGUGACGGCGCAGCCCCGCGUCGGGCGAGGUGUGCUGGCAUGGAAUGGACAAGUCUUCUCUGGUCUCGAGGUCGACAUCAAUGACAACGACACCGCGUGCCUUUUCACAGCAUUAGAGGCUGGUCACGACCCUGUAAAGUUGCUUAGCACCAUUGAAGGCCCUUGGGCAUUCGUCUACGUUUGCGGCUCGACAGUGACCUUCGGCGUCGAUCCGCUCUCGCGCCGCUCGCUGCUCAUUCACACCCCUGAUGACGCCUGCCAAUCAUUCAUCUUGUCGUCCACGCGGAGCGCCAUGGCCCGCGAGCGCGGAAUCGGCAUGCGCGCGCUGGAAGGCGGUGAGAUCGGCGUGCUCGACCUCACAUCUCUCAAUGGAGCCACGGAUUGGGCAGGCGCGCUGACACUGUCGCGCCCACGAGUAAGCGUGGCGGCCGUCAAUGGCGAAUUACCCGUAUCUCCGCCAGAGCGGUUGCUGGCGGUUGAGGCCGAGGUCGACUCGUUUCUUACACACCUCACCACAUCGGUCCGCCGCCGAGUGGAGAACAUUCCUGCUCCAGCACCAGGGGCUGCACGUGCCGCGGUCCUCUUCUCCGGAGGAGUCGACUGUUCUCUCCUCGUCUGUCUCAUCCACUCUGUCCUGCCUGCUGGCGAGCCAAUCGAGCUUGUGAACGUGGCUUUUGCCCAGCCACCAAAAUCCUCAGGCAAGCUCACCCCAAAGCCAUCAGGGGGAGGCUACGACGUACCAGACCGCCUGUCGGGUCGCGAGGCGGCAGCCGAGCUGCGGGCCGCGUUUGACCGCGACUUCCGCUUCGUCGAAGUCGACGUAGAUGUGGAGACGAGCCGGGCGGCCCGCCAAGACGUGAUUGACGCAAUGUAUCCCAGCGCCACGGAGAUGGAUCUCUCGCUCGCAUAUCCGCUCUACUUCGCCUCGCUUGGGCGUGGGCGUGUGGACGGCACAGACUACACUGUCGGGGCCAAGGUCUACUUCUCAGGGCUGGGUGCGGACGAGCAGCUGGCCGGGUACACGCGGCACCGCAAGGCAUAUGAGCGUGGCGGCUGGGCCGCGCUCGUCAGUGAAAUCCAGCUCGACCUCGAUCGCCUCCCGCAGCGCAACCUCGCCCGCGACGACCGCGUGCUCUCCGCACAUGCGCGGGACGCACGCUAUCCUUUCCUCGACCUCGGCUUUGUGCGCUACGUCUCUCAGCUGCCCGUCUGGGCAAAGUGCAACCUCGAGCUGCCGGCUGGAGAGGGCGACAAGGCGCUCAUCCGCCUCGCGGCCGCGCGCUGGCUCCCAAAAACGGCAAGACGCGUCAAGAGAGCCAUGCAGUUUGGAACUAAGAGUGCCAAGCUGUACGAGGGCGCGCCGAGGGGACAUAAGGCUGGCGAGCAGCUCAUCACGAAGUAGCACUUCAACAAUCUAUAGAGGGUGAUAUAUUGUGUGGCAUGUAUGACGCCGAUAGAAAAGCA